CUAAGUAUGUUUGCGUACAAAUAAAAGCGCUAGACAAAAACCUGGUUUAGAUCUGCUAGCAUCUUCAAAUUAUUUCUGCUUGUUCUUGCUUUCUGCAUUCGGAAUUUGGCAAUUGUCGCUAUCUUUCUAAUCUAUGGACCAUAUUAAAGGCUCAACUAUUUUUCAAACGGCGCAAGAGAAAUUAAUUAAGAAAGAGAUGGUGGAGGUUUGCUGUCAUGCACCUCAACAGACUGUAGUCUACACCAUCUACACUUACAGACUUGAUCUGCUGGUGUUUGAUUAGAGAUGAGACGCUAGGCGAUUUUUCUACUUAUUAUAUAAGUAUUAGUAAACUUGGGCUAAUUGGUUAGCAAAGAAUGUAAGUUGUGUAUAUGGAGAUGCAUGUUCUAGCUCUCAACUAAUACUAGGUGUCAACGACUGUUUUAUCGGACUGUGUUCUCUAGAUUACAAUAAAGUGUGUUUAAAACUACAACACGGUCUAUAUCCAUGCACGUGAGUUGAGUGCCUCGUGUCAAACAGCCACACGACAGGUUUGGAUAGAUUUGGUUUGAAGUGGUCGAUAAGAGUUGGCAGACACUCAAGCAUAUGAGACACUCAUUAAACAAAGAAACACUCUAGCAAAGAGGUUCAUUCCAGUUGAGGUGUGGUAGGGUGGAAUAGAGAGAAAGAGAGAGAGACAGGUGUAAAUUGUAAUAUAAAGGUUCAAAGGAUAUGAUCAAUUACUGCCUAGAAUAGCUGUGUCUCUCAAUACCAAGUGUCCUAUUGACUAUAUUUAUGUUUACUGCAAUACAAGACCGUUUGUAUUUGGUUGAUUUGUAAUCUAUUUGUGUAAAUGUGAGUAAUACAAGUUUUAGCUAGUUAGGUGACUAAAACAUUUGCAGGGAUUAUCGUGCACAUUUCACAUUGCUUUUAAACGAUUCUCUUUUUCAUUGUUUUCUUUAGUGUGUCUCCAACACAAACCACAAACGUCUUGCUAGACUGGAAUGUAUUAAUUGGGUAAAUGAGAGAAACGUGUUCAUAUUACCAAUUUUACAUAUCACUGGUCUCUUUAACUGUUGAUGCUUUGUUGUGGAAAUGGUGGGAUUUUGUGGAAGUUGUUACCUUCCAGCCAUCUUACCAACAACAGAAUGCCAGUCUUGCUUGUACAUGUAGCAAAGGAGAAAAAGGAGAGAAAGGAAUAGCAGGAACGAUGGGCCAGGGGAGGGAUGGAGAUAAAGGAAUGAAGGGAGACAAAGGAGAGAAUGGAAUUGUAGGUCUUCAAGGAGCGAAAGGAGACAGGGGAGAGACAGGUGAAAGAGGAGAGAAGGGAAGGCGAGGAGAAUCUUUACGAGUUGCAGACAUAGAAGAAACUAUAACGACGUUGAUUGACAACAAGCUUGCAGCAUUGAAUUCAAGUCUCUGGAGAAAGACGGAACAGCUCAGUGAGGAAAUCCCUUCUCAAGGUCUAUCUGGAAUGGGAUCUGGAAUGAAACUGACAGAAGACUUUGAAAGACCUGCUGCACAUUUAGUAGGAAAUAGAAGUUCAGGCCAUUACAGUCCUGGUGUCAUCACUCAAUGGUAUACCAAGAAGCAUUUCUGUAGAGUCACCCUUUCUUCAAGGUGGAAUGAAGUAAAAAAGAGAUACAUCACCGUGCCUCAAAGCGGUCUCUACUAUGUUUAUGCACAACUGUACUAUGGUCACAGAGGUGUGAGCUACCGCAAUGCUGGAUACUCCAUACGGACUACUGGGAACAGACACAGAGAAGCUGAGGUUUUCUAUUACAGUCAACACAUCAAUGAUCACAACACUCACUACACAGGCCGCAUCUUUUCUCUCAACAAAGGUGAUCGCUUGUUGUUGCAUUUUGAUACCUAUUGCUACUACUAUUUUUCUACAUCAAGAUCAUUCUUUGGCGCGUUUAAACUUUGACUUUUGAUGUACUCGUAUAUUUAGCAAAUGCAAUGAAUGUGACAGUAAUGUCUGUUAGACAGCAAUUGGUUGAAAACGAGAGAGACAGUUAGAUGCAGCGCUGAAUACUAAAAUGAUUGUAAACUAUUGCGUUCGGGUCCGUCGCUGCUAGACUAGAACGUACUCAAAACUCUAUUCUAUACA